CCUUGUGCAAUCACUAAAAAAAUUAAAAUCGAAAGUUUCUCACUAUGCACCACUGAGAGCCUGUCAAACGGCGUGGGCUCGUUUUGAACAUCAAUCUAGAAUAUGAGAAAAUUUCCCGUAACUUUAACAUUAGCAAAGUGAGAAGUCCAAUGUGCAGAAUAUGAAAGGAGAAAAUACUGAUUGACAAAAGAAAACCCUGCUGUUGAUGGCCUCCAAGGAAAAAAUACUUGAAGAAACACAUGCCAUGUUAAGAGCAGUUUUAAUAAGUAGUCCCAAUGGAGUGGUUUUACAGCAAUUGCAAUCAGAUUAUCGAUUAAUCACGGGGAAAAAUAUUCCUUUCAAGGAACUGGGUUACAGCAACCUUGAGAAAUUUCUUGGAAAUAUUCCUUCAGUGGCUACCACAUUAAUGGGUCCUGAUGGUCGUUUGAUUGUGAAAGGUGUCGCUUCUAAUGCUGAUAAACAUGUUGCAAAGUUAAUUGCUAAGCAAAAAAAACCAAAAGUUAGAAAAUCAGCAAAAUUAUUAAUGGCUAAGAAAUCUCAAGAAAUAAAGGCUUCCAAUCUAAAAAGAAAACCUUCAACUUGGUCAAGGGCUUCAAUACCAAGACCUCCAAAAUCUUUUCCACCAAGAAUGAAAAGGUCGGUGGGACUUAAUAGUAACCCUAAAGUAUCAUCACCAACAGCUCUGUCUGUCCAAAAAAGAAAAGAAAAUAAACAGCUUUCUGUAUGCAUAUCACAGAAGAACAAGAAUAGGGCUGUUUUCACAGCAAAUGAUGUUAAAGUUUCAAAUCAUUCCAACUCAAUACCUAUCCUUCAGGAUGCUAAUGUAGUAAAGUGGGUUGAAAAUGCAAUUUCCAAAGCCCCCAAUGGACUGUGGGAAACACGGUUGUCUGUUUUAUUUAAAGAAAAGUUCAACAAUCUCUCACCAGAUGAGCUAAUUGAAGAACUGAAAUUUCGUCCAGAUAUAGCUCGUAUUGAGGAACCUAUUCCAGGCAGACGCCUAUUGUAUCCUUUGAAGAAUAAUGUAUCAAGGAAAGCAAGCACAGAUGACAAAGAGUUUGAAUUGUUGUAUAAACCUCCUAAUACCGGGAGCACGGUGGCUGUCUUUGUUACACAUAUAAACACGCCAAAUUCUUUUUAUGUAAGUCAAACAGAUUUGAUCACGGAGAGUUUGAAUAAUGACAUUCAAGAACAAUACACAUCAACAUUUUUCAGCAUGGAUGCAACACAUUCUAUUUCACCUGGGGAUGUUUAUUGUGCACAGUUUACUGAAGACAAGAACUUCUAUCGAGCAUGUGUUCUUGAUGUUGUUGAUAAUGAGAAUGUCAAAGUUUUAUAUGUUGACUUUGGAAAUACUGAAAUUCUUCCUGUUGUUAAAUUAAGAGUUUUAAUUGAUCAGUUUAAAGUCCCUCCCAUACAAGCUUAUGAAUGUUGUCUUGAUGGAGUACAACCUCAUGAUAAGACUGAUCAAUGGAAUGAUGAAGCCAUUAAUAUGUUUGAAAAACGUAAAGUUCUUACUGUAACGUUAACUGAUGUCUUAACACAGAAAAAUGUUGGCGAAGAAAUGAAGAAAUGUGGCGUUGCUGUUUCUAACAAAAACUCAGAGAUAACAUCAUCGUCAUCUUCGUCGUCUUUGUCAUCUUCGUCGGGAAAUGAUGGCUUUCCCAAUCGCUUACGACUUAUGAAAUCGUCAAAAUCGCCCGGUAUUGUUGAUCUACCUAAAGAGAGCUUUGUUGACGUGUUUGUCUGUAACAUAACAGGAACAUAUAGUGUAUUCCUUCGUUUAAUUGGUGAUGAAUAUUCUGAGAAGUUAGAUAGAUUACAUGAAAGUAUGAUGUCUUACUAUAGCGAUAGCGAUAUCAAAGAGAAAAUCACAUCGGAUCCAAUGGUUGGCGAUCUAUUUGCGAUGUUUUCUGAGUUUCAAUGGUGUCGAGUGAAAGUUCUCAAUAUAAAAAAUGACAAAAUUUCAGUUUAUUUUGUUGAUCACGGUGAAACAAUCGUAACGAAAAAGGACGAAUUGAGACUUUUACCAUCUCAGUUUACUAAGCUGCCAUUUCAGGCCUUUCAGUGUGCCUUGAAUGGACUUCCAAAGACCAAGAAUCCCGACGUUGUUGAUAAGUUGAAGAAUUUAAUUUUGUAUGAGGAGGCUGUUGCAGAAAUCAUUGAAAGAACAAAAGAUCUUGUAUUUAUCGAGUUAGUCGACACAAGAAGCGAUGCUAAUAUUGUCAUUAAUCAGAUUGUAGGGAAACUUGUUAUUCCAGAUGAAGAGUUGAAGCCUGUUUUACCAAAAGUUGGUCUAACAACAGAUGUUGAUAUUACUUAUAUCUCACCAGAAGGAUUUGUUUUCGUACAUGUUUCAAUGGCUGGAAGUAAACGAUUGGAAGAAGUAAACAAUGACCUCAAUGAAUAUUAUACAUCCAAGCGCUCGAAAGCUAACGAAUUUGUUUCCAAGCCUUCUAUUGGCAAAAUAUGUUGCGCCAAGUGUCAAGAAGAUGGAAACUGGUACCGAGCUACGAUUCUUGCUAUCAACGAUAAAAUGUUCGAAGUUGAAGUAUUAUACGCCGACUAUGGAAACACUGAGACAAUGUCUGUGACCAAUUUACGUGAACCAAUGCAGGACAAUCCCCAUGUACUCAGUCUACCAUUUCAGGCUUUGGAAUGUCAACUGUACGAUGUUCCCAAGGAAUGCUGGAAUGACGAUAUCAUAGACAAAAUAUUAGGAUAUGCUCAACAAAACAAGCUAUGCGCCGAGGUUUUAUCAGAUGAAGACAAGCCUGUAUUAAGCCUUAUGGUUCAGGAGGAGAAUUCAAAUGGUCAGCACAACACUCAUCGCUUGGCAUCGUUACUCGGUCUUACUGCAGACUCUCAAGAGUCUGAAGGUUCAAAAGAAUCUUUGAGUAAUUUAAAGAGUAACAGCAAUGAUAAAAACAAUCAAGAUCAAAUGAACGAGGAAGCUCUCAUAACCGUCAUGGAUGAAAAAGCAAAUUCUCUUCAGGAGUAUCAAAAGACUGUGACCGUUGAAAAUCAAGCUGUACAGGUUACUCCUUCUGUAUUGGCUGCUCAAAAUUUGUUGUGCAAAGUUUUGAAAUUAAAUAAAGGAUGGUUUGAUGUCUUUGUCUCUUACGUUGAAAAUCCAGACAAAUUUACGAUACAACUGUUGGAAAACGAUGCAGAAAUUUCGGCCUUGUCUAUAAAUAUGAACGAAUUUUAUGAGAAUGAGUUAGGUGACAAUGAUUUGACUGUUGAACAAGGUGGUGUAUAUGCAGUGUUAAAUGACGAUGAUGGAUGGUAUCGUGCCGUAGUGGAGCAUAUUUUACCUCAUAGAAAAGCUUACAUUCUAUUCUUGGACUAUGGUGAUCAUGCUGCGGUUGAUUGGGACGAUAUACGAGAUUUGGAUGAAAAAUUUCUUCAACUGCCGAUACAAGGUGUUACGUGCAAACUUGAAGGUGUCGCAGCGACGAAGAAAAAAUGGUCAAAAUCAGCUCUAAAAAACUUUAGAUAUUUAAUUUUUGAGCGUUACAUUGUUGCUCGAAUCACCAGCACACACAGAGAUUAUCAUUAUGAUGAAGUUGUUUCUCUAGAACUUUGUGAUACAGAGGAUCCUACCCAGGACGUGUUUAUUGCACCAAAAUUCAUCGAAAAUAACUCAGAUGUUGUUGAGAAGAAGAAAAACAAUGAACUUACGUGAUCCAUUGUUGAAUAAAAAUUAUAUCAUGGUAUCGUCCCAGAUCUAUUGAACCUGGGCUUAUGUUGACGUAGUAAAAGAGCGCCAUUGACACAAUGUAAUGUUAUUUUGAGCGACAUCUUUUGGUAUAGUAUUAAAUUUAGAAAUUCCUUUUUUAUUCACAAGACGCUUGAGAGACUUUAAACAGUCUGUCCAAAUUGUUAAAGAAUGGAAACAACUUUUUAUUGCGAAGAUAAUAUUAAUGUCAUUAGUUCAUAUCUUGAUGGAUUGGAGGAAACAUUGUGAAAGAUUGAAGAACGCGCUUAAAACACUGGGUUUUACCUUUGAUGUUGUCUUGAGCAAGGUCGCUUUGGAUUGACGAAGAACCAUCACUAAUAUUGAAGCAUCACAUGAGUUAUAAUAUUUGAUAAGAUUUUAUUUUUGUAAUGAUCAUGUUUGUAAGUAUGACGAAUAUAUGUUUUGGAGAAUUUUAGUUAAA